CUCUGCUCCCUAUACUCCGCCCUCUCUCUCUCUCUCUCCGCCCUCUCUCUCUCUCUCUCUCUCUCUCUCUCUCUCCUAGUUUCGUCCAUGGCCGAGGAAACUCAGAAGCCUGCUGCUGCCGAAGCGCCGACUUCUACUCAGCCUGUACCGGAGGAGCCAGCUGUUGUGCCGCCUCCUGUUCCUGCGGCUGAGAUACAACUACCAGAUUCUGCACCUGCUCCGCCUCAGCCGGAGGCUUCUCCUGCGAAGCCGGAUUCGGUGGCGGAAGUUGCGGAGGACGAGAAGCCGAAGGCGUCCGAGGAGUUUGAGAAGAUCUCUCAGUCGGUUUCUUUCAAGGAGGAGAGCAACGUUGUUGGUGAGCUUCCGGAGUCGCAAAGGAAGGCGCUGGCUGAUCUUAAGGUUCUUAUUCAGGAGGCUCUCAAUAAGCACGAGUUUACAGCUCCUCCGGCGCCGCUGCCGCCUAAGGAAGAGGAGAAGCCGGCCGAGGAGAAGAAGGAAGACACUGAGAAACCUGCUGAGCAGCCUCAAAUCGAUGAACCUGCAAAGGAACCUGUGAUCGAAGAGCCUCCUAAAACAGAGGCGGAACCGGAACCAGUAACAGAGACCGUGACGGUGAAGGUUGAAGAAACAAUCACUCCGCAUCCUGCGCCGGAGACUUCUCUUGCUCCAGAAGCCGACGAGAAAGCGGCAGAGCCAUCGACGGUGGUGGAGAAAGUGGCUGUUAUCGACGAGGAUGGCGCUAAGACGGUGGAAGCGAUCGAGGAAUCUGUAGUUGCUGUUUCGACCCCACCGCCGGAGGAAUCAGCCCCGUCGAAGGAAGAGGCAGAGGUGGAAGUGGAAGCGGCGGAGGCUGUGCCGCCACCUCCACCAGAGGAGGUGUUCAUCUGGGGAAUUCCUCUGCUCGGCGAUGAACGGAGCGAUGUUAUCCUGUUGAAAUUCCUCCGAGCCAGAGACUUCAAGGUGAAAGAUGCUUUCACGAUGAUCAAGAACACUGUUCGUUGGCGAAAGCAAUUCGAUAUCGAGGCUCUUCUGGACGAGGAUUUGGGGAACCAAUGGGACAAAGUGGUGUUCUCCCAUGGCGUCGACAGGGAAGGCCAUCCAGUCUGCUACAACGUGUUUGGUGAAUUCGAAAACAAGGAUUUAUAUCAAAUCACCUUCUCCGACGACGAAAAGAGCCUCAAAUUUCUCCGAUGGAGGGUUCAAUUUCUGGAGAAGAGUAUCAGAAAGCUCGAUUUCAGCCCCAAUGGCAUCUCCACCAUUGUUCAAGUCAACGACCUCAAAAACUCGCCUGGACUUACCAAGUGGGAGCUCAGAAACGCUACCAAGCGAGCUCUGCAACUAUUCCAAGACAAUUAUCCUGAAUUCGCUGCCAAACAGGUGUUCAUCAACGUGCCAUGGUGGUACUUGGCCGUGAACAGAAUGAUCAGCCCCUUUUUCACUCAGAGAACGAAGAGCAAGUUUGUGUUCGCCGGACCAUCCAAGACUGCAGAGACUCUAUUCAAAUAUGUUACUCCUGAACAAGUACCAGUUCAGUACGGUGGAUUAAGCAGGGAAGGCGAGCAAGAAUUCUCCAUUGAUGACCCUGUCACUGAGGUUGCCAUAAAGGCAGCAACCAAACACACUGUUGAAUUCCCAAUUUCUGAGCCAAGCCUUCUGGUUUGGGAAUUGAGAGUGGUAGGAUGGGAUGUGAGCUAUGGAGCAGAGUUCUUACCCAGUGCUGAAGGCGGCUACACUGUGAUUGUUCAAAAGACAGCCAAGCUCGGACCAGCUGAUGAACCAGUGAUCUCCAACAGCUACAGAGUGGGUGAAGCUGGAAAGAUCGUGCUGACCAUCGACAAUUUAAGCUCAAAAAAGAAGAAGAUCCUGUUGUACAGAUCAAAGACCAAACCCAUCUCUGAUUGAUCAAAGACCAAAAGAUCCGACAUAAUAAGCAGGGCUCUUUGAUUUAUGGAUGAUGUUCUUUUUGUGGUUCCAUUUGAUGAACAUUUUAAAAUCUUAAUUUCUCCAAUUUGGAUAGUGUCAUAAACAAGAUUGGUGGGUGGGAGUUGGAUAUUUGUUUGGUAUGCCGUUUUUUCUUUCCUUGUGUUUCUUGGGACGUUGUGUUCUUUAAGGAUGCUGCUAAAUUGGCAGUGGGAGCUGUCUGAAAUUGUCUGGACGCCGAGGAACAGGACAGAGAGACCGGUUUGUUGGUUCUGUUGUUAGUAGUCUGUAAAAUUUGUGUAAAUUUGUUUGUAUUAUUUAUUGCUAUUAUUGUCUUUGCUUCAAUUUAAGAAAUUUGUUUAUUUUUGCAUUAA